AUGAACUUUCCUGUGCUAUUAUUGCUCUUCUUGGAGUCGGCGAUUGGGAAAUUGGAAGAAUCAGAAAGUGAACUUUGCGAUGAGAUGAUUGCGUACAUUUGGAACACCAAGAUCAGUUUAGCUGAUUCAUUCGAUACAGUUGGAUUGUUAGGUACAACUGCUGAGUACUCGAGUGAUAUAGUCAGUUACAUGCUGAAGCACAGGUUCGAAAGACCUAUUCUGAUAGGAAACAGAGAUUUGCAGUACUGGGACGUCGAUAAGGAUCGACCGGAGAGGACGAAGAACUUGUUUUGUUUCGUGGAGACAUAUAAUCAUUUCGAAGUGAUGAUACAGCUUGCAAAGGAGAUGCCUUUCUUUGUGAUGACUGGCUUUAUACAGUUUAUUAUUGCAACACCUGUACCUGAUAGAACUUGGUUAAAUAGUACAUUAGAAUAUCUUUCGAGAAAUAAGGUAAUCAAUUUUGUGGUUGUCUAUAAAUUAGAGAAUAGAAUUGAGGUGAUUGGAUACAACCCUUUCAAUAAAUCCAUUUACAACUUCACCAAUCACAAGAAAGGCAUCAGCAUUUAUCCACCAAAACUAUCGAAUCUCUAUGGUUCUAAAAUAUACAUCAGUUUCAUUCCGGACGCUCCAAGGAACAUAAUAGUAGGCGAUAGAUUGAUGGGCGAGGAUUUCAAUUGGAUUCCAAUUUUGGAAGAGAAGAUGAACGCAGCCGUGGAGUAUACUAUAGUCAAUUCGUACAACUUGAUUAAGGAAGAAUUGCAGACGGGUGUUACGAACUUUUCUUUGGCUCGUCACUUCACGUAUCCAAGACACAGCGCCAUCAUCGAGUCCGGUUAUCCUUCCCGGAUGGAUUUCGUAGCUAUAGCCGUGCCAUCGGCCGAACUAAUGCCGCAAUUCAAAUAUCUGUUCCUGGUUUUCGAGAUACAUCUUUGGGUUAUCAUCAUUUUGGUUGUCGUAAUCAUGUGUGUAAUUUAUAACGUUCUCUGGAAAGCCACCGGUGAACAGAUGUGCGUUGAAGCAUCUACUUUUUUAGUAAUACAAUGCUUCUUGAGCAACGCAAACGCUCAUUGUAUUAGAGGUCAAAGUCCUAUCAAGAUGUUGAUGACUUCUUGGAUCUAUUUUUCAUUGCUUCUUAGCAUUGCUUUCAACACGGCUUUAAGGGACAGCUUGAUGAUUUUGAAGUACGGCAAAAACAUCAACAGUUUGGAAGAGUUGGCUAGAAGUGGUUUGACACUGAUGGGAGAGCAUAGGAUACUUGAUGUGCUUAUGGAGGCUUAUCCGCCGAUAGCCGAUCAGAUCAUAGGGUCUUACAACGUUUCUGGUCAACUGAUGGAGUACACGCAAAGGGAGAUAGGCUUCAUCCUUCCUAACUCAGUUAUCAAGCUCGUCGAUCACAAGAAGGACGAGAACGGUCGUUUCUAUUUUCAUGUGCUGGAAGAGUACUUGAUGCCAGGGCACAGCGUCUACAAUUUUCCCAAUAACUCGAUUUUUAGGGAAGAAAUUGAUCACAUAAUGAUGUUGAGUAGAGAGUUCGGUUUGUUCUCUUAUAACAUCAAG